AUGGGGACAUUGCCGCUUAUAGCAGAAGAGAGGGAGGCCGAGCAGGAAGAUCCGGAAGAAGUGCCUGCAUUAAUAUUUGGAUCUGCUAAAGUAACUGCACAGGCUAUACCAGACGUCAAGCCGAGGCCAUUAGUCGAAGAUAAAGGAGAGUCUGGGAGCCCCCCAGAAGAGGUUCACUCUUCACUUUUACAUCUUAUUUCGAAAAGAAGCAUAGGAAAAUUCACCAGGGCCAUAUUCCCUUGGAUGAAUAGGCGAAAGCCUUACUGGGUUGAUCAAUUUGCGGACCCUUCCACUGACCACGAUUUGAGUUUUGAAAACAAUUUAUUCUUGAAGCAAAAGCGCCUAGAAGAGCACUUAUCCAGAGGUGAAACUUUGAGAGUUGGACUUAAUUCACAGAAUCCUUGGGUUAACGAAACCCAGCGUUGUGGCCUCGUUGCCAUCAAAAUUGGUAUGUAUCCUCUUUGGACAAAACAAGGAAGAAAAUUAGACUGUACACUUUUGCAGGCAAGAUCGCUUUUAUAUUAA